AACGUUAUUGUAACGUUGUUAUCUUAUUUUCUUCAGUUACUUCCGAAGACUUACCUCUCCACUCCUGUCAUCUUCCCUUUCUCAUCGAGAUCCUGUGGGAUUAUGGGAACUUCGGCUGCCAUUCACAGAAUCACGGAAAGUGGUGAGAUUUUGUCGCGAAUCACGCCGGAAGAAUGUUGCUGGUUCGCCACUCAAUCCAGAUGUGGAGUAUCUAGAAUUUCGGACAAUGUCGUGGAAAACGACGUUGAAAAUUCAUCAGGUCAAUUUAAAAUCAUCCCUUUCACAGAGACACCCUAUGUAAAAUAUUACGAAUUUAAUAAUUGUACGGCUUAUUUGGAUUGCUCUCAUCACGCAAGAGAUAAAGAAUGGUACUGUCAAACUAACACGAUGAACACUCAUCCGUCGAAAGUGCAUCGUCAACGGGAGAAUUACGAAUCUUUUAUGAGCGAAAGAGGUGAUGGAAGCUACAUAAUAAUCGGCACACCAAGUAAUGGAAAUCGAAGUAACAAUGGUAGAGUUGGGGAUGAUGAUUUUGAUAAUGAUACUCGUAAACAAACAGCUGUCAAAAUGGAGAAUAAUGAUUCUCCGAAGCAUACGAAUUUUUCUUCUGGAAAAAAAGAUGGAAACAUUUGAUAAUAUCAUUUCAAUGGUCUUAUAAUGUUUUAUAAAAAAAUGCUAAUUUUUUGUCUAGUAAUUAUAAGAUUUUUUGACAAGUACUACUAUGUACAAUUUAUAGAUAUUACAGCCAGUGAAGAAAUCACUAAAA